GUGAGCCCCUGCUGCAGGGAACAAGCAAGGGGACAUCCAGGGCUGCCAAGGGAAGCCCACCCACCCUGCCCUGAGCGCCCCCUUCCCAAGGUCGGGGGCAGAGCAGGUGCAGAGGCAUUGUGGCCGCUGGUUACCCAGCUUCCUGAAUGAUGUCAGCCCAAUCUUCCCUCACCUCCAACCUGGCCCUCCUGGUACUGCUGGGCACGGUCAAAGCAGGCCCUUUCUCUCCACGGUCCAAUGUGACGCUCCCAGCCCCACGGCCCCCUCCCCAGCCAGGAGGGGGAAGCCCUUCUUCUCAGCUUUAUGAGCACACGGUGGCAGGAGGGGAGAAGCAGGUGGUGUUCACCCACCGCAUUAACCUGCCCCCUUCAGCUGGCUGUGGCUGUCCGCCAGGCACUGAGCCCCCUGUCCCUGCUUCAGAAGUACAGGCCCUGAGAGUCCGGCUGGAGAUCCUGGAGGAGCUGGUGAAGGGGCUCAAGGAACAGUGCACUGGGGGCUGUUGCACUGCGGCUGCGCAGGCCGGCACAGGCCAGACAGAUGUUCGGAGCCUCUGCAGUCUCCAUGGUGCGUUUGACCUGAGCCGCUGUGCCUGCUCCUGUGAGCCAGGCUGGGGUGGGCCCACCUGCUCCGACCCCACAGAGGCUGAGGCGCCGGCCUCCUCUCCACCGUCAGACGCCAGGUCCUGCCCAGAUGACUGCAACGAUCAGGGUCGCUGCAUCCGCGGGCGCUGCGUGUGCUUCCCCGGCUACACCGGCCCCAGCUGUAGCUGGCCCUCCUGUCCCGGGGACUGCCAUGGCCGUGGGCGCUGCGUGAAGGGCGUGUGCGUGUGCCGGGCGGGCUUCUCUGGCGACGACUGCAGUCUGCGAUCUUGCCCUCGGGGCUGCAGCCAGAGGGGACGCUGUGAGGACGGGCGCUGCGUGUGCGACUCCGGCUACACUGGCGAGGACUGUGCGGUGAGGAGCUGCCCCCGAGAUUGCAGCCAGAGGGGGCGCUGCCAGGACGGGCGCUGCGUGUGCAACCCCGGCUACACUGGCGAGGACUGUGGGGUGAGGAGCUGCCCCCGAGGUUGCAGCCAAAAGGGGCGCUGCGAGGACGGGCGCUGCGUCUGCGAUCCAGGCUACACCGGUGAAGACUGCGGCUCGCGGAGCUGCCCGUGGGACUGUGGCGAGGGCGGGCGCUGUGUGGACGGCCGCUGCGUGUGCUGGCCCGGGUACGCGGGCGAGGACUGCAGCACGCGGACCUGCCCCCGCGACUGUCGGGGCCGAGGGCGCUGCGAAGACGGCGAGUGCAUCUGCAACGCCGGCUACAGCGGGGACGACUGCGGCGUGCGCAGCUGCCCAGGCGACUGCAAUCAGAGGGGCCGCUGCGAGGACGGCCGCUGCGUGUGCUGGCCCGGGUACUCCGGGCCCGACUGCGGCGCGCGCGCCUGCCCGCGAGAUUGUCGCGGCCGCGGGCGCUGCGAGAACGGCGUGUGCGUGUGCAACGCGGGCUACAGUGGUGAGGACUGCGGCGUACGAAGCUGCCCUGGGGACUGUCUCGGCCGGGGCCGCUGCGAGAAUGGCCGCUGCGUGUGUUGGCCCGGGUACACAGGCCGGGACUGCGGCACGCGCGCCUGCCCGGGCGACUGUCGCGGCCGCGGGCGCUGUGUGGACGGCCGCUGUGUGUGCAACCCGGGCUUCACAGGCGAGGACUGCGGGAGCCAUCGGUGCCCUGGGGACUGCCGUGGGCGCGGCCGCUGCGAGGAUGGCGUGUGCUUGUGCGACGUAGGCUACGAGGGCAAAGACUGCGGCGUGCGAAGCUGCCCCGGGGGUUGCCGAGGUCGUGGCCAGUGCGUGGAGGGGCGCUGCGUGUGCGAAGACGGCUACGAGGGCGAGGACUGCGCCAUCAGACGGUGCCCGCGCGACUGCAGCCAGCGGGGCGUGUGCCGGGACGGUGUGUGCACCUGUUGGGAGGGCUACGCGGGCGAGGACUGCAGCCUCCGCACCUGCCCCUCCAACUGUCACCGGCGCGGCCUCUGUGAGGACGGGCGCUGCGUGUGCGAAUCCGGCUACACCGGCCCCUCCUGCGCCACCCGCACCUGCCCAGCCGACUGCCGGGGCCGUGGGCGUUGUGUGCAGGGGGUGUGCUUGUGCCAUGCGGGCUAUAGCGGCGAGGACUGCGGGCAGGAGGAGCCUCCGGCUAGCGCCUGUCCUGGGGGCUGUGGGCCCCGCGAACUGUGCCGCGCUGGCCAGUGUGUGUGCGUAGAGGGCUUCCGAGGCCCAGACUGUGCCAUCCAGACGUGCCCCGAGGAUUGCCGCGGCCGGGGAGAGUGUCAUGAGGGCAGAUGCGUCUGCCAAGAUGGCUAUGCAGGGGAGGACUGCGGGGAAGAGGUGCCAGCCAUUGAGGGCAUGAGGAUGCAUCUCCUGGAGGAGACGACGGUUCGGACAGAGUGGACCCGGGCUCCUGGCAACGUGGAUGCCUAUGAAAUUCAGUUCAUCCCUACGACAGAGGGGGUGAGCCCCCCGUUCACAGCACGGGUGCCCAGCUCUGCCUCAGCCUAUGACCAGAGAGGACUGGCCCCUGGUCAGGAGUACCAGGUCACUGUCCGUGCCCUUCGAGGGACUAACUGGGGCCCUCCUGCCUCCAAGACCAUCACCACCAUGAUUGACGGCCCCCAGGACCUCCGCGUGGUGGCUGUGACACCCACCACGCUGGAGCUCAACUGGCUUCGGCCUCAGGCCGAGGUGGACCGCUUCGUGGUGUCCUACGUCAGCGCUGGCAACCAGAGGGUGCGGCUGGAAGUGCCAUCCGAGGCGGACGGGACGCUGCUGACCGGCCUGAUGCCAGGUGUAGAAUACGUGGUGACCGUCACUGCCGAGCGGGGCCAGGCAGUAAGCUACCCGGCUUCUGUCAGGGCCAACACAGCACCAGGCCACUACGGUUACGCGGAGGCGCACCCCCCAGCCCCGUCCCCCCAGCCCCGGCCCCGGCCGGCCCCGGCCUCGCGCACCCCGCGCCCCACUCGGCCCCCUCGGCCCCCUCGGCCCCCGCGGCCCGCGGAGGAGGGGCCGGAGGAGUCUCGGCCUGGGCAGAGCCCGCCUCAGCCCCCUCGGCGGCCGUGGGGCAACCUGACGGCCGAGCUGAGCCGCUUCCGCGGCACCGUGCGGGACCUGGAGCAACACCUGCGGGCUCACGGCUACCCACUGCGGGCCAACCAGACCUACACGUCGGUGGCGCGCUACAUCCACGAAUACUUGCAGCGGCGUCGCCUGGCGGCUGCCGCCCCCGCCGGCUCCCCCGCGUCCCCGCCCCGUCGCCCCCGCCCCACCGCCAGCCCCGACUCCGGCACCUGGAAGCGGGACUCCAACCAGGGCACCCACGGCCUCUCGCCCGAAGGCGUCGACCGGGGGGCUGCGCCCCGCCACCCCAAGCCCGAGGUGCUGGGCAGUUCCGCCGACGGCGCGCUGCUCGUGUCCCUCGACGGGCUCCGCGGCCACUUUGAGCGCGUGGUGCUGCGCUGGCGGCCCCAGCCGCCCGCAGAGGGUCCUGGCGGGGAGCUGACCGUGCCGGGCACCACGCGCACCGUCAGCCUACCCGAUCUCAGGCCCGGCACCACCUACCACGUGGAGGUCCACGGGGUGCGGGCAGGGCAGACCUCCAAGUCCUACGCCUUCAUCACCACCACAGGGUCCUCUCCCUCUGGCCUCUUGGGAGCCACUGAUGAGCCUCCUCCCUCUGGCCCUUCAACAACUCAAGGCGCCCAGGCUCCCGUCCUGCAGCAGCGCCCCCAGGAGCUGGGAGAGUUGAGGGUGCUGGGCAAAGACAAGACAGGGCGUCUCCGCGUGGCCUGGACCGCCCAGCCUGACACCUUUGACCACUUCCAGCUGCGUCUCCGGGUGCCCGAAGGGCCAGGGCCACACGAGGAACUACUGCCAGGGGAUGUCCGUCAGGCUCUGAUGCCCUCACCCCCUCCUGGAUCCCCCUAUGAGCUGUCACUUCGUGGGGUCCCUCCUGGGGGCGAGCCCUCUGCCCCUCUCAUCUACCAAGGCAUUAUGGACAGGGAUGGGGAGAAGCCUGAGAAGCCCAUGGCCCCGCCACGCUUGGGCCAGCUGACAGCGACCGACAUAACCUCCAGCUCCCUGCUUCUGCGCUGGACGGUCCCCGAGGGCGAGUUCGACUCCUUCGUGAUCCAGUACAAGGACAGGGACCAGCCCCAGGUGGUGCCUGUAGAGGGUCCCCAGCGCUCAGCCCUCAUCUCCAACCUGGAAGUCGGCCGCAAGUACAAAUUCGUCCUGUAUGGGCUCGUGGGCAAGAAGAGGCACGGCCCCCUGGUGGCUGAAGCCAAGAUCAUGCCUCAGACUGAUCCCGGCCCAGCGACUCCACCCCGCCUGGGGAAGCUGUGGGUGACAGAUCCCACCCCCAACUCGCUGCACCUCUCCUGGACUGUCCCCGAGGGCCAGUUUGACUCCUUCGUGGUCCAGUACAGGGACAGGGAUGGACGACCCCAGGUGUUGCCUGUGGAAGGUCCCGAGCGCUCGGUCACUGUCUCCCCCCUGGACCCUGAGCACAAGUACAGGUUCACUCUGUUCGGGAUUGCCAACAGGAAGCGGCACGGCCCCCUCACGGCCGAUGGCACCACUGCCCCAGAGAAGAGAGAGGAGCCCCACCACCAGGAAUCCCCCGAGCAGCCCUUGCUGGGGGAGCUGACGGUGACUGGCACUACCCCAGACUCCCUGCGUCUAUCCUGGACGGUGGCCCAGGGCUCUUUCGACUCCUUCACGGUCCAGUAUAAGGAUGCGCAGGGGCGGCCCCAGGUCGUGCCCGUCAAGGGGGAUGAGAACGAGGUCACCAUCCCCGGCCUGGAGUCCGACCGGAAGUAUAGGAUGAACCUCUAUGGGCUUCACGGCAGGCAGCGCGUGGGACCUGUGUCCGUGGUGGCCGCCACAGCCCCCCAGGAGGUUGUGGACGAGACCCCCAGCUCCUCAGAGGAGGAGGAGACCCCCAGCCCCACAGAGAUGGAGGAGACCCCCAGCCCCAUGGAACCCCCCGAGGAGCCCAUCCUGGGGGAGCUGACGGUGACAGGAUCCUCCCCGGACUCUCUGAGCCUCUCGUGGACGGUCCCCCAGGGCCACUUUGACUCCUUCACCGUGCAGUACAAGAACGGGGACGGGCAGCCCAAGGCGGUGCGGGUCCCAGGGCACGAGGACCAGGUCACCAUCUCGGGCCUGGAGCCCGACCACAAGUACAAGAUGAACCUGUACGGCUUCCACGACGGCCAGCGCGUGGGCCCCGUCUCUGUCAUCGGGGUGACCACUGCCGAGGAGGAGACCCCCAGCCCCACGGAGAUGGAGGAGACCCCCAGCCCCACGGAACGCCCCGAGGAGCCCAUCCUGGGGGAGCUGACGGUGACAGGAUCCUCCCCGGACUCUCUGAGCCUCUCGUGGACGGUCCCCCAGGGCCACUUUGACUCCUUCACCGUGCAGUACAAGGGCAGGGCCGGGCCCCAGGUGGUGCGUGUCGGGGGCGAGGAGAGCGAGGUGACAGUUGAGGGCCUGGAGGCUGGACGCAAGUACAAGAUGCACCUGUACGGCCUACAUAGGGGGCAGCGCGUGGGCCCUGUGUCCACCGUGGGUGUGACCGCUCCAGAACCGGAAGAGGUUCCUCCAGCCACCGAGCCCCCGCAGGAGCCACGCCUGGGGGAGCUGACAGUGACAGAUGUGACCCCCAACUCUGUGGGCCUCGUGUGGACCGUCCCUGAGGGCCAGUUUGACUCCUUCGUGGUCCAGUACAAGGACAGGGACGGGCAGCCCCAGACAGUGCCUGUGGCUGCAGACCAGCGUGAGGUCACUGUCCCCGGCCUGGAGCCUGCACGCAAAUACAAGAUGAACUUGUAUGGGCUACAUGAUGGGCAGCGUGUGGGCCCCCUCUCUGUGGUAGCCGUGACGGCCCCCGUCCCUCCAGCCCCAGCCACAGAGCCGCCCCCGGAGCCACGCCUGGGGGAGCUGACAGUGACAGACGUGACUCCGGACUCCGUGGGCCUCUCCUGGACGGUCCCCGAGGGCGAAUUCGACUCCUUCGUGGUCCAGUACAAGGACAGGGACGGGCAGCCUCAGGUGGUGCCUGUGGCCGCAGACCAGCAUGAGGUCACCGUCCCUGACCUGGAGCCGAACAGGAAGUACAAGUUCCUGCUCUUUGGGAUCCAGGAUGGGAAACGGCGCAGCCCAGUGUCUGUGGAGGCAAAGACAGUGCCCCGAAGUGAUGCCAGCGCAGGAGCCCCGCCCCGCCUUGGGGAGCUGUGGGUGACAGACCCCACCCCAGACUCGCUGCACCUCUCCUGGACGGUCCCCGAGGGCCACUUCGACUCCUUUGUGGUCCAGUUCAAGGACAGGGACGGGCCCCAGGUGGUGCCCGUGGAGGGCCACGAGCGCUCAGUCACCGUGGCCCCACUGGAUGCCGGCCGCAAGUACAGAUUCCUCCUCUACGGGCUCCUGGGCAAGAGGCGCCAUGGCCCCCUCACGGGCGAGGGCACCACAGAGACUCGGCGGGCUGUGGAUGAGGCUGGAACAAAGCGUCCCUCAAAACCCCGUCUGGGGGAGGAGCUGGAGGUGACCAGCGUAACGUCCGACUCUGUGGUUCUCUCGUGGGCGGUCCCUGAAGGCCACUUUGACUCCUUCGUGGUUCAGUACAAGGACAGGGACGGGCAGCCCCAGGUGGUGCCCGUGGAGGGCAGCCUCAGGGAGGUGACUGUCUCGGACCUGGACCCUGCCCGCAGGUACAAGCUGCUGCUCUACGGGCUGUAUGAGGGCAAGCGUGUGGGUCCCCUCUCCGCCAUCGCCGUGACCGAACCAGCCCCCAGGGAAGAAAUGGAGGCUGAGGCCCCCAGCCUGCCAGCGUCUGAGCCCCGCCUGGGCGAGGUGACCAUGGAGGAGGCCACGCCGCACACCCUGCAUCUCUCCUGGACCCUGAGGGAAGGAGAAUUCAACUCCUUCGAGGUCCAGUACACAGAUAAGAAUGGGCAGCUCCAAGUAGUCAGUUUAGGGGGCGACCAGAACGACGUCACCCUUUCUGGCCUGGAAUCAGACCACAGAUACCUGGUGAGCCUGUACGGUUUCCAUGACGGCCAGCGAGUGGGUCCUGCCCAGGUGGAAGCUCUGACAGCCCCAAGAGAGGAAGAGGAUGAACCUUCAGAACCUCCCUCUACCACCCCGGAGCCCCUGACCAAGCCGCGCCUGGAGGAGCUGACCGUGACGGACGCCACCCCCGAGUCCCUGCAGCUCUCCUGGACCGUCCCUGAGGGCCAGUUUGACCACUUCCUGGUCCAGUACAAGAACGGGGACGGGCAGCCCAAGGCGGUGCGGGUCCCAGGGCACGAGGACCAGGUCACCAUCUCAGGCCUGGAGCCUGACCACAAGUAUAAGAUGAAUCUGUAUGGCUUCCACGACGGCCAGCGCGUGGGCCCCGUCUCUGUCAUCGGGGUGACCACUGCCGAGGAGGAGACCCCCAGCCCCACGGAGAUGGAGGAGACCCCCAGCCCCACAGAACCCCCCGAGGAGCCCAUCCUGGGGGAGCUGACGGUGACAGGAUCCUCCCCGGACUCUCUGAGCCUCUCGUGGACGGUCCCCCAGGGCCACUUUGACUCCUUCACUGUGCAGUACAAGGGCAGGGCCGGGCCCCAGGUGGUGCGUGUCGGGGGCGAGGAGAGCGAGGUGACAGUUGAGGGCCUGGAGGCUGGACGCAAGUACAAGAUGCACCUGUACGGCUUCCACGACGGCCAGCGCGUGGGCCCCGUCUCUGUCAUCGGGGUGACCACUGCCGAGGAGGAGACCCCCAGCUCCACGGAGAUGGAGGAGACCCCCAGCCCCACGGAACGCCCCGAGGAGCCCAUCCUGGGGGAGCUGACGGUGACAGGAUCCUCCCCGGACUCUCUGAGCCUCUCGUGGACGGUCCCCCAGGGCCACUUUGACUCCUUCACCGUGCAGUACAAGGGCAGGGCCGGGCCCCAGGUGGUGCGUGUCGGGGGCGAGGAGAGCGAGGUGACAGUUGAGGGCCUGGAGGCUGGACGCAAGUACAAGAUGAACCUGUACGGCUUCUACGACGGCCAGCGCGUGGGCCCCCUGUCCACUGUGGGCGUGACCGACCCUCAAGAGGAGCCCCCUGCCAGUCCCCCUUUGAAGCCGCGCCUGGGGGAGCUGACCGUGACGGAUGCCACCCCCGAGUCCCUGCAGCUCUCCUGGGCCGUCCCCGAGGGCCAGUUUGACCACUUCCUGGUCCAGUACAAGAACGGGGAUGGGCAGCCCAAGGCGGUGCGGGUCCCAGGGCAUGAGGACCAGGUCACCAUCUCGGGCCUGGAGCCCGACCACAAGUACAAGAUGAACCUGUAUGGCUUCCACUACGGCCAGCGCAUGGGCCCCGUCUCUGUCAUCGGUUUAACUGCUCCAGACUAUGAAGCUAUGACCACCGAAGUCCCUAUCACCAUGGCCCCCGAGCCCCCCACCAAGCCGCGCCUGGAGGAACUGACCGUGACGGACGCCACCCCCGAGUCCCUGCAGCUCUCCUGGACCGUCCCCGAGGGCCAGUUUGACCACUUCCUGGUCCAGUACAAGAACGGGGACGGACAGCCCAAGGCGGUGCGGGUCCCGGGGCACGAGGACAAGGUCACCAUCUCGGGCCUGGAGCCUGACCACAAGUACAAGAUGAACCUGUACGGCUUCCACGACGGCCAGCGCGUGGGCCCCGUCUCUGUCAUCGGGGUGACCACUGCCGAGGAGGAGACCCCCAGCCCCACGGAGAUGGAGGAGACCCCCAGCCCCACAGAACCCCCCGAGGAGCCCAUCCUGGGGGAGCUGACGGUGACAGGAUCCUCCCCGGACUCUCUGAGCCUCUCGUGGACGGUCCCCCAGGGCCACUUUGACUCCUUCACUGUGCAGUACAAGGGCAGGGCCGGGCCCCAAGUGGUGCGUGUCGGGGGCGAGGAGAGCGAGGUGACAGUUGAGGGCCUGGAGCCCGACCACAAGUACAAGAUGCACCUGUACGGCUUCCACGACGGCCAGCGCGUGGGCCCCGUCUCUGUCAUCGGGGUGACCACUGCCGAGGAGGAGACCCCCAGCCCCACGGAGAUGGAGGAGACCCCCAGCCCCACGGAACGCCCCGAGGAGCCCAUCCUGGGGGAGCUGACGGUGACAGGAUCCUCCCCGGACUCUCUGAGCCUCUCGUGGACGGUCCCCCAGGGCCACUUUGACUCCUUCACCGUGCAGUACAAGGGCAGGGCCGGGCCCCAGGUGGUGCGUGUCGGGGGCGAGGAGAGCGAGGUGACAGUUGAGGGCCUGGAGGCUGGACGCAAGUACAAGAUGAACCUGUACGGCUUCUACGACGGCCAGCGCGUGGGCCCCCUGUCCACUGUGGGCGUGACCGACCCUCAAGAGGAGCCCCCUGCCAGUCCCCCUUUGAAGCCGCGCCUGGGGGAGCUGACCGUGACGGAUGCCACCCCCGAGUCCCUGCAGCUCUCCUGGGCCGUCCCCGAGGGCCAGUUUGACCACUUCCUGGUCCAGUACAAGAACGGGGAUGGGCAGCCCAAGGCGGUGCGGGUCCCAGGGCAUGAGGACCAGGUCACCAUCUCGGGCCUGGAGCCCGACCACAAGUACAAGAUGAACCUGUAUGGCUUCCACUACGGCCAGCGCAUGGGCCCCGUCUCUGUCAUCGGUUUAACUGCUCCAGACUAUGAAGCUAUGACCACCGAAGUCCCUAUCACCAUGGCCCCCGAGCCCCCCACCAAGCCGCGCCUGGAGGAACUGACCGUGACGGACGCCACCCCCGAGUCCCUGCAGCUCUCCUGGACCGUCCCCGAGGGCCAGUUUGACCACUUCCUGGUCCAGUACAAGAACGGGGACGGACAGCCCAAGGCGGUGCGGGUCCCGGGGCACGAGGACAAGGUCACCAUCUCGGGCCUGGAGCCUGACCACAAGUACAAGAUGAACCUGUACGGCUUCCACGACGGCCAGCGCGUGGGCCCCGUCUCUGUCAUCGGGGUGACCACUGCCGAGGAGGAGACCCCCAGCCCCACGGAGAUGGAGGAGACCCCCAGCCCCACAGAACCCCCCGAGGAGCCCAUCCUGGGGGAGCUGACGGUGACAGGAUCCUCCCCGGACUCUCUGAGCCUCUCGUGGACGGUCCCCCAGGGCCACUUUGACUCCUUCACUGUGCAGUACAAGGGCAGGGCCGGGCCCCAAGUGGUGCGUGUCGGGGGCGAGGAGAGCGAGGUGACAGUUGAGGGCCUGGAGCCCGACCACAAGUACAAGAUGCACCUGUACGGCUUCCACGACGGCCAGCGCGUGGGCCCCGUCUCUGUCAUCGGGGUGACCACUGCCGAGGAGGAGACCCCCAGCCCCACGGAGAUGGAGGAGACCCCCAGCCCCACGGAACCCCCCGAGGAGCCCAUCCUGGGGGAGCUGACGGUGACAGGAUCCUCCCCGGACUCUCUGAGCCUCUCGUGGACGGUCCCCCAGGGCCACUUUGACUCCUUCACUGUGCAGUACAAGGGCAGGGCCGGGCCCCAGGUGGUGCGUGUCGGGGGCGAGGAGAGUGAGGUGACAGUUGAGGGCCUGGAGCCCAACCACAAGUACAAGAUGCACCUGUACGGCUUCUACGACGGCCAGCGUGUGGGCCCCGUGUCCACCGUGGGAGUGACCGCCCCCCAGGAGGUUGUAGAGGAGACCCCCAGCCCCACGGAGAUGGAGGAGACCCCCAGCCCCACGGAGCCUCCCGAGGAGCCCAUCCUGGGGGAGCUGACAGUGACAGGAUCCUCCCCGGACUCUCUGAGCCUCUCGUGGACGGUCCCCCAGGGCCACUUUGACUCCUUCACCGUGCAGUACAAGGGCAGGGCCGGGCCCCAGGUGGUGCGUGUCGGGGGCGAGGAGAGUGAGGUGACAGUUGAGGGCCUGGAGCCCGACCACAAGUACAAGAUGCACCUGUACGGCUUCCACGACGGCCAGCGCGUGGGCCCCGUCUCUGUCAUCGGGGUGACCACUGCCGAGGAGGAGACCCCCAGCCCCACGGAGAUGGAGGAGACCCCCAGCCCCACAGAGAUGGAGGAGACCCCCAGCCCCACGGAACGCCCCGAGGAGCCCAUCCUGGGGGAGCUGACGGUGACAGGAUCCUCCCCGGACUCUCUGAGCCUCUCGUGGACGGUCCCCCAGGGCCACUUUGACUCCUUCACCGUGCAGUACAAGGGCAGGGCCGGGCCCCAGGUGGUGCGUGUCGGGGGCGAGGAGAGUGAGGUGACAGUUGAGGGCCUGGAGGCUGGACGCAAGUACAAGAUGCACCUGUACGGCUUCCACGACGGCCAGCGCGUGGGCCCCGUCUCUGUCAUCGGGGUGACCACUGCCGAGGAGGAGACCCCCAGCCCCACGGAGAUGGAGGAGACCCCCAGCCCCACAGAGAUGGAGGAGACCCCCAGCCCCACGGAACGCCCCGAGGAGCCCAUCCUGGGGGAGCUGACGGUGACAGGAUCCUCCCCGGACUCUCUGAGCCUCUCGUGGACGGUCCCCCAGGGCCACUUUGACUCCUUCACCGUGCAGUACAAGGGCAGGGCCGGGCCCCAGGUGGUGCGUGUCGGGGGCGAGGAGAGCGAGGUGACAGUUGAGGGCCUGGAGGCUGGACGCAAGUACAAGAUGAACCUGUACGGCUUCCACGACGGCCAGCGCGUGGGCCCCGUGUCCACCGUGGGCGUGACCGCUCCAGACUAUGAAGCUAUGACCACCGAAGUCCCUCUCACCAUGGCCCCCGAGCCCCCCACCAAGCCACGCCUGGAGGAGCUGACCGUGACGGACGCCACCCCCGAGUCCCUGCAGCUCUCCUGGACCGUCCCCGAGGGCCAGUUUGACCACUUCCUGGUCCAGUACAAGAACGGGGAUGGGCAGCCCAAGGCGGUGCGGGUCCCGGGGCACGAGGACCAGGUCACCAUCUCGGGCCUGGAGCCCGACCACAAGUAUAAGAUGAAUCUGUACGGCUUCCACGACGGCCAGCGUGUGGGCCCCGUCUCUGUCGUCGGGGUGACCACUGCCGAGGAGGAGACCCCCAGCCCCACGGAGAUGGAGGAGACCCCCAGCCCCACGGAGAUGGAGGAGACCCCCAGCCCCACGGAACGCCCCGAGGAGCCCAUCCUGGGGGAGCUGACGGUGACAGGAUCCUCCCCGGACUCUCUGAGCCUCUCGUGGACGGUCCCCCAGGGCCACUUUGACUCCUUCACCGUGCAGUACAAGGGCAGGGCCGGGCCCCAGGUGGUGCGUGUCGGGGGCGAGGAGAGCGAGGUGACAGUUGAGGGCCUGGAGCCCGACCACAAGUACAAGAUGCACCUGUACGGCUUCCACGACGGCCAGCGCGUGGGCCCCGUGUCCACUGUGGGCAUGACCGCCUCCAUGACCACAGAGCCCCCCGUGGCCCCCCGCCUGGGGGAGCUGGCCACGGCAGCUGUGACCUCGGACACAGUGGGCCUCUCAUGGACCGUGGCCCAGGGCCGUUUCGACUCCUUCCUGGUCCAGUACAGGGAUGCCCAGGGGCAGCCCCAAGCAGUGCCCGUGGCCGGGGACCUCCGAGAGGUCACGGUUUCAGGUCUGGCCCCGGCCCGCAAGUACAAGUUCCUCCUCUUUGGACUCCAGGAUGAGAAGCGGCACGGCCCAGUGUCUGCAGAUGCCAAGACCCUCCCAGACACGAAACCGUCUCCCCGCCUGGGGGAGCUGACAGUGACAGGCGUGACUCUGGAUUCCGUGGGCCUCUCCUGGACAGUCCCCGAGGGCGAAUUCGACUCCUUCGUGGUUCAGUACAAGGACAGGGACGGGCAGCCCCAGGUGGUGCCUGUGGCCGCAGACCAGCGCGAGGUCACCGUCUCCGACCUGGAGCCCAGUAAGAAGUACAAGUUCCUGCUCUACGGGCUGGCAGGCAGGAAGCGACUGGGCCCCAUCUCUGCUGAGGGCAGCACAGCUCCCCUGGAGAAGGAGCGGCAGCCCCCGCCUCGCCUGGGGGAGCUGACAGUGACAGCUGAGACCCAAGACUCCCUGCGCCUCUCAUGGACGGUGGCUCGGGGCCCCUUUGACUCCUUCGUGGUCCAGUACAGGACCACAGACGGGCAGUCCCGGGCGGUGCCUGUGGCUGCAGACCAAAGGGAGGUCACCAUAGAGGGCCUGGAGCCCGGCAGGAAAUACAAGUUCCUGCUCUAUGGGCUCCAAGGAGGACAGCGCCUGGGCCCCGUCCCUGUCCUGGGAGUGACAGCCCCAGAAGAGGACACGCCAGCCCCCUGGCGCCUGGCCACAGAGGCCCCCAAGCCCCCCGAAGGGCCCCGCCUGGGAACUCUGGCAGUGAGUGAGGUGUCCCCGGACUCCCUGCGCCUCUCGUGGCGCGUGGCCCAGGGCCCCUUUGACUCCUUCGUGGUCCAGUAUCAGGACGCAGAUGGGCAGCCCCAGGCCUUGCUCGUGGGUGGCGACCAGAGCAAGGUCCUCGUGUCAGGCCUGGAGCCCAGCACCUCCUACACAUUCUUCCUCCACGGGCUCCACGAAGGGAAGCGCCUGGGGCCCGUCUCCGCCGAGGGCACGACAGGGCCGGCUCCCGCUGGUCAGAGCCUGGGAGAGUCAGGGCCCCGCCUGUCCCACCUGUCGGUGACCGACGUGACCACCGGUUCACUGCGGCUCAACUGGGAGGCCCCAUCCGAGGCAUUUGACUCCUUCCUGCUGCGCUUUGGGGUCCCGUCCCCAAGCACCGUGGAGCCACAUCCACGGCCCCUGCUGCAGCGGGAGCUGACGGUGCCAGGGACGCGGCGCUCCGCGGUGCUCCGGGACCUGCGUCCAGGGACCCUGUAUACCCUCACGCUGUAUGGGCUGCGGGGGCCCCACAAGGCCGACAGCAUCCAGGGCACAGCCCGUACCCUCAGCCCAGUUCUGGAGAGCCCCCGUGACCUCCAAUUCAGCGAAAUUGGGGAGACCUCAGCCAAGGUCAGCUGGAUGCCUCCGUCAUCCAGAGUGGACGGCUUCAAAGUUUCCUACCAACUGGCGGAUGGAGGGGAGCCACAGAGUGUGCAGGUGGAUGGCCGAGGCCGGACCCAGAAACUCGAGGGGCUGACCCCAGGCGCUCGCUACGAGGUGACCGUGGUCUCCAUGCGUGGCUUUGAGGAGAGCGAGCCUCUCAGUGGCUUCCUAACCACAGUUCCUGACGGCCCCACCCAGCUGCGUGCCCUGAACUUGACGGAGGGAUCCGCCCUGCUGCACUGGAAGCCCCCUCAGACCCCUGUGGAUACCUAUGACGUCAAGGUCACAGCCUCAGGGGCCCCCUCUCUACAGGGGUCAGCCCCCGGCAGUGCCGUGGACUAUCCCCUGCACGGCCUUGAACUCCACACCAACUACACAGCAACCCUGCGUGGCCUUCGGGGCCCCAAUCUCACCUCCCCAGCUAGCAUCACCUUCACCACAGGGCUGGAGGCCCCCCAGGACUUGGAGGCCAAGGAAGUGACCCCCCGCACAGUCCUGCUCACUUGGACUGCUCCCCAAGUCCCCCCAACUGGCUACCUGAUCACCUUCAACACCCCUGGCGGACAGACCCAGGAGAUCCUGCUCCCAGGAGGGGUCACCUCUCACCGGCUCCAGGGCCUCUUUCCCUCCACCCCCUACAGUGCCUGGCUCCGGGCCAUGUGGGGCGAGAGCUUCACCCCGCCCGUGUCCACUUCCUUCACCACUGGCGGACUGCGGAUCCCCUUCCCCCGGGACUGUGGGGAGGAGAUGCAGAACGGCGUCAGCACCUCCAGGACCACCACCAUCUUCCUCAACGGCAACCGCGAGCGGCCUCUGAACGUGUUUUGUGACAUGGAGACCGAUGGGGGCGGCUGGCUGGUGUUCCAGCGCCGCAUGGACGGAAAAACGGACUUCUGGAGGGACUGGGAGGACUACGCCCACGGUUUUGGGAACAUCUCUGGGGAGUUCUGGCUGGGCAACGAGGCCCUGCACAGCCUGACCAAAGCCGGCGACUACUCCUUGCGGGUGGACCUGCGGGCCGGGGAGGAGGCCGUGUUUGCCCAGUACGAGUCCUUCCAAGUCGACUCGGCCGCUGAGCACUACCGCCUCCACCUGGAAGGCUACCAUGGCACUGCAGGGGACUCCAUGAGCUACCACAGCGGCAGUGUCUUCUCCGCCCGUGACCGAGACCCCAACAACCUGCUCAUCUCCUGUGCCGUCUCUUACCGUGGGGCCUGGUGGUACCGGAACUGCCACUAUGCCAACCUCAACGGGCUCUAUGGGAGCACGGUGGACCACCAGGGAGUGAGCUGGUACUACUGGAAGGGCUUUGAGUUCUCCGUGCCCUUCACGGAAAUGAAGCUGAGACCAAGGAGCUUCCAGCCCCCGGGCAGGGGAGGCUGAGCGGCCGCUCCCCGCUCCAGCGCCCACCAUGACUGCCGAGCACUGAGGGGUUGCGCUGAGAGAAGAGCCAGGGGCCACCUUCACCAUCCAGCUGCCAGCGGAAGCCUUCUCCACCCGCGAUCUCACAGCACCAUGUUUACAGGGGGGAGGGAAGGGGUUCGUACGGGAGCAAUAAAAGGAGGAACUGAA